AUGCCAAUCUUCGCUUUAGGUUCCAAUGGAUCUUGUCAGCUUGGAAUCGGUCACGAUGAUGACCUUUCUGCGCCCUCACUUGUCGAGGGUCACAAACUUGAUGCCCCAAUCACUUCCAUCAAAGCUGGCGGGAAUCAUACCUUGAGUCUCACAAAAGCUGGGACUGUCUAUGCUACUGGAGAAAACAGUGAUGGCCGGUGUGCUCUUGAUACAGAGACAGUCUCUAUCUCAUCAUUCACUCCACUCAAGUUGCCCAGCAUAGACUUUGUUGCAGCUACAUGGGAUGCCUCCAUCUUUGCGUCGACGCAAGGUCCAAUCUUUGCCUGCGGCAGUGGCGCCAAAGGAGAAUUAGGUCUUGAUCAAGGUGUAGUGAGAUCAGAAUCCUUGAGUCAGAUCCCAAACUUUCCACCUACAGGUACUCAGGUAAUCGAUUUGGCUGCCUGUAUGGGUCAUGUUAUAGUUGUCUUGUCCAAUGGAGAUGUCUAUGGCUGGGGUAAUGGUCAGCAUGGCCAGCUGGGUACUCCGCUUGGUGUUGUCUGGCAACCUCGCAAAAUUGAUGACAUAUCAUUCCCAGUUUCUCGGGCGGUCUGUGGUAAAGACUUUACCUGCGUUUUUGGCAACCCUACCGAAGGCAAAUUACAACUGUUCGGUCUAGCAAAGCGCGACAGAUUCAACAUCAAGCCAAGCACUCCUCAGACACUCAACGAUUGGAUCGAUGUACAGGCCACAUGGGGCGGUGUUUAUGCUCUACUAUCUGAUAACAGGCUCGUCGCUUGGGGCAGAGACGACCAUGGGCAACUCCCCCCUGCAGAUUUACCAGUGACUGCCAUGGCUGCUGGUAGUGAGCACAUGCUUGUUCUGACCACUGCUGGCAAAGUUCUAGCUUGGGGCUGGGGUGAGCACGGCAAUUGCGGCUUGCCUACUGAUGAGCAACGCGACGUCAAAGGUCGCUGGAAUGAGCUCGAUGUGGGUGGCAAGGUCCAGCAUAUUGGUGCUGGGUGUGCGACGAGCUGGAUAAUCACCUCAUGA